AUGUUUCUUCGAAUAUUCUGUCUACUCUUCAUUCCAAGUUGUUUGCUGGUCAAUGCUGCAUUUCCUGCUCCAUCUAUUUAUCGGAAAGCUGCUGUGGGUCUAAAAUUCUAUAGAUCAUAUGCAUCUCAUAAUCCACUUGUAUACUCGCUACUCAAUAUUCUUAUUCAUAACAAACAUGCCAAAGCAUUUAUUUCUGAUCAAGCUAUUGAAAUGGCGUUAAAUGAUCUGAAAGAACUCGAUCAAAAAACCGGUAAAAAAAAUGAAGAAUUAUUUCGUGAAUUAAUUUAUGGCAAAAUUUGUAAACCUUCUGACAACAAUUGUGUAAAUUCCAAUAGAUCAACACCAACUCGUCUAUCACCAGAACUAGCACAACGUAUUAUAACAUCGCUUGAUAAAUAUGUCAGUAGUGAUGGUGCAAAUCAGAAUGCAAGUGAUGAUGAUGGUACAUGGGUUGUAAAUAAUGGAGACAAACUGAAUCUCAAAGGAAUCAAUUAA